UACACAUGAUCUUUUUCUUAUAUAUCUGAAGAUAUCUGUAUUAUAUAGUAUUUUUUUUUCUUUUUUUUCUUUUUUUUUUUUUUUUUUUUAAUGAGUGGUUUAGACCAAUCAAGAAUGAGCGUUUUAAUGGAUGGACAAUCUUGUUUCUUCAAAUUAGUUCAUCGUCAUUCGUCUUAUCGAUGAAAGAAGACGUGCGUAUAAUUGAUGAAGAGCUUAUACUCGUCGUAUAAUAAUCGUAAUACGAAAUAUGGUUUUAAUAACUGAAGUUGAAGAUCGGAAGAUCGUGAAACCUUAUUUGGGUGGAUGGCGAAAUAAAAUCACUGGUAUAGAAUAUUUGAACGCAGUAUCGCAAACCGGACCACCACCUAAAAAUAUUUCCUGGGAUAAUUGCUGUAGCAUUGCCGUUCAAACGGUGGAAACUAAAGAUGGAACAACACAAUCGUCGUAUAAUAAAACCACACAAAUGUGGCGAACGGAUUGUAACGUAUCGAAUAUAAAGGACAAGUAUAUGACGCCAAAGUGUUAUGAGCCAUACGAUGAAAUACAAUGGCGUCUUGAUCUUAAUCAACGUGCGAGGAUUAUUCAAAGGAAUUAUCGGAUAUAUAGACUUUUGAAAUAUAUGAAGGAAUGUGCUCGACAAUAUAGAGAAAUAAUGAAAGAAUGUAAACGGCAUCGGGAAGAGAGAAUCAUUAUGUACAGAAAAAGACACGAGCAGGAACUUUUACGAAAGAUUAAUCCACGUUCAAGAGCAGAUUUUAAUAUGUUGUUUGAAUUAAUCGAACGAUGGAGACGUGAUCGUAAAAAGGAGAUAAAUGCACGUUAUUUCGAAGGUACUCAAUGUGCUGAAAAUUGUUUCGUUCUUAAUAAAACCGUGGAAAUGUACAACGUUAUCGAUAAAUUUAAACAAAGGAUAAGAGAGCAAUACAGAACGAGGAAACGUGUUAAAUUUUUAAAGAUCAAUUCUAAGCCUAUACAAUGGCACGGAUAUAAGGCAAAACUCAUAGAAAUGAUCACAUUGAAGACUCAAAAGGCACGGGAAUAUUUGAGCAUAUUCAAUUCGUUAAGUAAUGAUAAUUUGAACGUGGAAGAACGAAUGGAAUUGUUAUUGAUGUUAAAAAAAUCACUCGGAUUUCACAUCUGUAUCUGUGCUUUCGAUUUGAUUUAUCUAUUGGACCAAGAGAUAAUGUUAUUGUCGAGAGGCAUAAAGAAUCAAUCUCUCGAAUAUUUAAGAAAGAGAAUACUAUGUGAUUAUUUAAAAUUCGUCGCCAAUUCUGGUACUUGUGCUUGCACGAAUAUACGUAAGGGUUUCAAAGAUGAUCCCGAAUGCGAGGAAUUUCGUGAACCAUUAGAGAUAAAAACGAUAUUUUGUAAAAGCUGUAGAAAAUUACUUCCCUGUAAUAGAUUUUCAGCUCACAGUGGAUUGAAAAGAUUAACAUCUUGCAUCAGUUGUACGUUGUUGAAAGAACAGAAUUAUUCUUACGUUAAUUUCGAACCAUACGUUUUUAUUUUAAAUUACGUACAAGCCGAAGAGAAACGAAGAAGAUGUUUCUCGUCGUUGGCAUUUAUGAUGCAGUCGAAUGACAUUUAUUAUCUGGUUAAUAAUAUCUGGCAAAAUCAUUCGAUCAUAAGUAAAAAUAUUGAUAUUUACUUAUUAAGAUUGGUCAGAUACAAUAAGUGCGUUGAAUGGUCACCAUGGAAUUGUAUUCUUUUAACCGAAGAAGAGGCAGAGAUUCAUUAUUGUAUCGAUGAUUUUACCAAAAUCUAUUCGAAAUCACUAUUACAUCAGAUCUUAUUGAAACAUUUGGCGGCGAAAAAUUAUUUCAAGUAAAAAUUGAUAAAAGAAGAUAAAAAAAGAAAAGCAAAAAAAAAUAAUCAUUCCUAUUGUUAGAUUACAUUGUAUCCUAUUUAAUCUUUUAUAUUAUUUAUUUAGACGAUUGAGCUACUACGAUAAAGAAUUUAGAGAAUCCUCUCGAUUUUACACGAUACAAGACAGAAAGGAUUACGUGCCAUUUAACAAAGGGAUUUAUCUCGAAGGGUACGAGUUUUAACGUUUUAAAAAAUUAU